AUGUGUGUAGUCGGGACGAAAUUGUCCGCGUCAGGCCUCGAGACCAGCCUCCUUCUGCUACCUGGAGAGUACACAUCCACAACAAAUCCACAACUACUCCAUAAUGUUUUGACUUCAUCAUCCGCAUCACUCUCCCCCUCACCGGGAUUCAACUCAUCAUCUGUGUCGCUCCCCUUGAACGUUGCGCUCGAGCCUGGCCUGGCCAUCUACUCCGAGUCACUAUACUCCGGCCAGGCAGGAUUCUCCAGCCUACCAACAACCCCUGUAGGCAACAGCUCAUCAGGCACGCCGCUCUCCGCCAGUUCACUCGCACUCUCUUCGAACGUCUGGGCCGCCGUAUCCUCCGGGUCCUCAAAUAACCGCAUAAUCCUCUGGGACUCCGUCCCUGACGUCUCACAGCUCCCCUCGGGUACAGCCGGCUCCCUCUCGCUCCUCGACAUUGAAUCCGCCUCGUGCUCGCCCCCAUGCUCCGGCUCGGGCGUCUGCUCUGCUUCGGGGACGUGCACCUGCCCAUCAGGCUUCACUGGCUCUUCAUGCGAGUCGUGCGCGUCUGGGUUCUUCGGCCCGACGUGCCAAGCGUGCCCGGCUGACUGCGCGAAGUGCGACGACGGGAUCUCGGGGACGGGACGGUGCCUUACUAUUUCGGUGGCCAACCCACCAUCGAGCUGUAACUGUCUGAACGGGCAGUGUGGCAACAAUGGGCAGUGUACGUGUAAUCCCGGGUGGACGACGGCCGAUAACGGGACUGCGUGUGCGAAAUGCGCGCCUGGGUUCUUUUUGGAUUCGAACGGGGAUUGCUCUGUCUGCGAACUGGGCUGCACCUCCUGCGCGGAUGGUAACGGCGAUUGCCUGACGUGCGCGUCCGGAUUCACGAUAGAUGCGAAUGACCGCACCAAGUGCAUCGCGCCUCAAUCCACCACUUCCACCGGGACCACCUGCCCUGAUGGGAGCUUCAGCAAUGGAACGGUGUGUACACCCUGUUCGACCGAGUGUCAGACCUGCAAGGGUCCUACGUCGAACGAUUGUAUCAUUUGUGGCAAUGGCCGAUAUGCCCUCAAUGGGACCUGUGUGCCGGCGGACGGGAAUGGUGUAUGUGAGGGCUCCAGCCUCAUUGCCAACAACGACAAACAUGAGUGUGAUAGCUGUCCUGCGAAAUGCACUUCGUGCAAGAUUCCGAAUUUCAACGUAGCAUCGACGGUGAAUCAGUUGCAGUGCACCGGGUGCUUGCCUGGGUCUGUCUUGUCGAAUGGCAAGUGCGUGGAUAGCUGUCCGUCCGGGACGUUCCUCUCCCCCACCGAUAAUUUGACGUGUACUGCUUGCGACUCUUCCUGCAGUACUUGCGCUGGCUCCGCGACGUUCUGUUUGACAUGCGCGAACAACCAACUAGCCUCCUCGGGCAAAUGCAUUGCCUCAUGCCCGUCAAACACCUUUAGCUCGUCCGGGCAAUGUAUUCCUUGUCACCCAGACUGCGCGACCUGCUCUGGCGCCUCGUUCAACCAGUGCUCGAGCUGCUCGUCCUCGCGCCCCGUGCUGACCAACGGCCGGUGCCUGCCGACGUGCAGCAAGUCUCAGUACUUCGAUACCACGUCUAGCACCUGUCAGUCCUGCGAUAGUAGCUGCUCGAGCUGUAGCGGGACCGGGCCGAGCAGUUGCUUAGCGUGCUCAAGCUCAAGCCAGGUCCUCCGGGGCGGGACAUGUGUCUCCGCGAACUGCAACGGUACCUCCAGCGUCAUCUCGGGGUUGGGCGUGUGUCUCUCCGAGCUCGUCUUCGUCCCGCAGGCGUCGGGUACCAGCGCCGCGCCGCCUCUGCCGUCUAUCACCGGUAUCGACCAACCGACAAUAGUGAAGAGCACUUCGCGCCCGCUGCAGUGGUGGGAGAUCCUGCUCAUGGCGCUCGGGUGCGCGUUCAUCUUCGUGUUGUUCUUGAUGUGCUGGCGCCGCCAGAUGCGCAAGCGCCGCGCCAAGAAGACGGUCCAGUUCGCGACCGCCAAGGGGAUGGAGGGCAAGACGAGCUGGCGCUGGAAGUUCAUCCGGUUUGGGGAGCGGCUGUUCGGGCACCGCGCGAGCCGCAGAGGGCCGGUUGCGCUCCCUGGCGAGGAGAGCGAGCAGAUCAGGCUGACGAAGAUGCGAGACGCGGAGGAGGCAAGGCAUGACCGCGACCUGGAGAAGCUCAUCGGCGCGUACGAGUACCCGCGCUCGAGCCGCGUCCCGUCGGAGCCGGAGGCGCAGAGACACCUUCGCCCCGAUCGCGACUCGUGGCUGCACGACGACCGGUCCUCGCAUCGGCUGUCGUCGAACUCGCUGUACUCUGAGGUGACGGGCGUGCCGCGGAGGGGGCCGGAGCCGCGCCAGCCGGUGAAGACGCAGAACCUGCAGUCGCGCUUCUCGGAUACAACGGGCGGCGGGUCCUCGAUGUAUAGCGGGCAGUCGCAUUCGCGGGAGCUGACGCCACCGGUACCGCAGCAUACCGAGGCGGAGCGGUAUGCGCUGCAGAAGGGCGACGCGAGCCUGAGUGGGGCGCAGGGGGUGUACUGGAUGGCCCCCACGAAUACGGGGUCGUCGGCGUCGAAGAAUCCUUUCCGGAAAUGAGUGUUGUGGACUCGUUCGUACUUCGGCUUGUUGUGGACAAUACUUCGGAUUAUCAUACCAUAUAGCAUAGAUCAUUUCUUUCUCGCUCUCUUUCACGACUUUCGCUGCUGUUUAUCUUCAUGAUUUUUAUACCAUACAUUUCGGCACACUAUUGUAUACUUACGCUCCUCGAUGUAGCGAUACCGC